AGACGGCGUGCCCCGCGGGCCUCGCCAUGGCCUCCCUGCGGCCGGCCCUUCUCUGCCUCCUCCUCUGCCUGCAGGGGUCCCUGGCGGCAGUUUUUGUUGCCCAGGAACAAGCCCACAGCCUCCUGCACAGGUUCCGGCGCGCCAACUCAUUCCUGGAGGAGCUGUGGCCCGGCUCGCUGGAGAGGGAGUGCAGGGAGGAGCAGUGCUCCUUCGAGGAGGCCCGGGAGAUCUUCAAGAGCGAGGAGAGGACGAGGCAGUUCUGGGUUUCCUACAACGACGGAGACCAGUGCGCCUCGAACCCCUGCCUGAAUGGGGGCUCCUGCGAGGACCAGCUCCAGGCCUACAUCUGCUUCUGCCCGGAAGGCUUCGAGGGUCGGAACUGCGAAACCAACAAGAAGAGCCAGCUGAUCUGCAUGAAUGACAACGGGGGCUGCGAGCAGUACUGCAGCGACCACGCGGAGGCCGGGCGCUCCUGCUGGUGCCAUGAGGGGUACGCCCUCCAGGAGGAUGGGGUGUCCUGUGAGCCCACAGUUGAAUAUCCGUGUGGAAAAAUACCUGUUCUGGAAAAAAGAAAUGACAGCAACCCUCAGGGCCGAAUCGUAGGUGGCAAGGUCUGCCCCAAAGGCGAGUGUCCCUGGCAGGCCAUGCUGAAGCUGAAAGGGGCGCUGCUGUGCGGGGGCACCCUGCUGAACACCAGCUGGGUGGUCUCUGCAGCCCACUGCUUCGACAGGAUCCGGAGCUGGAAGGACCUGACGGUGGUGCUAGGCGAGCACGACCUCAGCAAGGACGAGGGCGACGAGCAGGAGCGGCCAGUCGCCCAGGUCUUCGUCCCCGACAAGUACGUCCCGGGCAAGACGGACCACGACCUGGCCCUGGUCCGCCUGGCGCGGCCCGUGGCCCUCACCGACCACGUGGUGCCCCUCUGCCUGCCCGAGCGGAGCUUCUCCGAGAGGACGCUGGCCUUCAUCCGCUUCUCGGCCGUCAGCGGCUGGGGCCGCCUCCUGGACCGCGGUGCCAAGGCACGCGUGCUCAUGGCCAUCCAGGUGCCGCGGCUCAUGACCCAGGACUGCCUGGAGCAGGCCCGCCGCAGGCCCGGCUCCCCCAGCAUCACCGACAACAUGUUCUGCGCCGGCUACCUGGACGGCAGCAAGGACGCCUGCAAGGGCGACAGCGGCGGCCCGCACGCCACCCGCUUCCGGGGCACCUGGUUCCUGACGGGCGUCGUCAGCUGGGGUGAGGGCUGUGCGGCCACCGGCCGCUUCGGGGUGUACACACGGGUCUCCCGGUACACGGCCUGGCUCCUCGGGCUCAUGAGCGCCCCGCCACCGCCGUCGGAGGGCCUCCUCCGAGCCCCGCUGCCCUAGCGCCGGCUCCCGGCCCACCCGGCCCACCCACCCCCCCGAAUAAAGCUGGGCUCUGGCGCC